AGCUAUUUUUAAAGCUAUUUUGGACCAGAUCUGCAGCUUUUUUCCAUAUUGAUUAGUUAUGUCGCUUUUGUUGUUUACUCGCCACAUUUUUUUUGCCCAGGCCAGUUAAUUGUGUUAAUUCCCGGCGCGCGGGAAAAGAAAAAAAAGGGCUAACCACGGUGGAACCACAAAAGGACCUGACUGCCGCCAAAGAGUAAACACCACAAACACCACCAACCGGAUCCCAAAGGCGAGUCGCGAGCGAGCGCACCAAAUCCACCGAUGUCAGCGGGUGUGGGUGGCGGAGGGAGCAUUACCACCGAGCACCACAGUCGCCUCUACUUCCUCAACUCGCCGACGGCGCCGCUCACCGCCCGCGAUCCGUUCUUCAUCAAGCCGGAGUAUCUCAGCUAUGAGAGUCCCAUGCACCAUGCCCUCUACUCGGGCAAUCGGGGCCUCCUAGAGUACAACAACUAUACGAGUUCGGCGGCCGCGGCGGCAGCCGUUGCCUCAUCCGUAGCCACCUCCGUAUCCGUGUCCGGCUCCGGUUCGGUAUCGGGAUCAGGAUCCGCUGGAACCGCAGUCAGUGCCUCAGUAAGUGCAGCGAACAGCGGUGGCAGUGCGUCUGGAACGGCGGUGCUGAGCCUGGAGAACAACUUUGCACAGCAGGGCAAUCCCCACCAGCAGCAGCAGCAACAGCAGGGCAAUCCCCACCAGGAGGUCCUCCAGCAGCAGCAUCCCCUGCAUCAUCAUUUGUCCGCUGGCGUUGUAGUCGAGGCCGGUCAACUUGGUGGCGUACCGGGCCUUGCCAAUCUCGGUGUGCCGCAUCUCAGCGCCCAGCAGUCUGUGACGCAGCAGGGUCAAUCCUCGCGAGCGCAAAAGGCCGCCCGCCGGAGAAGCAACGAAUCGAUUGAGGCCAGGGAAAGGCGGCUAGAGAGAAACGCCGCCCGGAUGCGGGACAAACGGUCCAAGGAAUCGGAGGCCGAGUACCGCGUGCGUUUGGCCAAGAAUGCGGAGGCGAAUCGAGUGCGCCGCCAGAACGAAACGGAAGUACAAAGAACCCUAAGACUGAUGAAGAAUGCAGCGCGGCAGCGACUGCGCCGCGCCUCGGAAACCGUCGAUGAGCGCAAAAAGCGGCUGGCCAAAGCCGCCGAACGGAUGCGAAUUGCCCGGGCCAGUGCGCCCAAGGUCAUCAAGCCGCCGCUGGCCGACAGGCUAAAGGGUUACUAAUGGAGGAUCGUAUAUCGGUUAGCCUGGACUAAGGCAAAUACGCCCAUUUGGAGCUGGCUCUCCGGCAGAGCAGCCAGGCCGAGCAGCAGGAAAAGCUGGCCCAGGAUCGGCAGAGGAACACAGACACAUCCACAAAUUAUAUAUAUAUAUAUAUAUAUUGUAUACAGCCUAUAAGAGAAAAGAAAUGAGAUAAGGAAACCCAUCCGAAACCAGGAGGAUUCUCGAGAAUUAGCAGAUGAAUGGGCAGCAGGCACUCUAGGAUUAAAGACAGGCAAUUUUUUUUUUAAGUUUAAAAUUAACAAGAUGAAGUAACGUAAUGUAAUCAUAAAGUAAAGUAUUUUUAUAAUGCAUGCAUUAUAUUCGUACGAUAUGUAUACACACACGAUACAAAAACCACACAUACCCACACUCCCCCCCCCACAAACACACACACAUAUGCACUAGCAUAGUCAUAGCACACAUAUAGAGCCCCCAAAAAAGGGCAGUGAUGCCCCCACUCCCCCAGGAAAAAGGAAGCUUACAGCGCCAGGGUGCCUCACUGUAAAUAAAAACAAACGGAGGGAAAAUCGCCAACGACUGAGGUACACCUCCCAAACUUAAAAAAAAAACCAAAAAAAAAGAAAAAAAAAUUAUUGAGCAUCGCGAAUGGACGAGGCAACAAGUGCCUUUCGAGGAAGUCCUCGGGCGAAACUUGCUAUAACAUUCAAAAAUCGUAUUUUUCCACAACAACAACUGAGGCACCCUAGUGACGAACAACCCCCAUAUGUGUGUGUAGUUGGUAAAGGCAUGUAACCCAAAACGGACAACGCCACUCACAUAAGGAUAUAAUAUACACACACUCGUCACAGCCCCCAUAUAAAUAUAUGUAUAUAUACAAAUUUAUAUAUAUAUAUAUUUGGAGCAUACACACAUGAUCCGUUGCCAGGCACAUAACGCAAUAUUUGUUAAAGCACGCAAUCCUUCUUCCUUCCUUCCCAAGCCGACACCCAACCGCCCACUUUUCCUAGACCUUUUCCUUAUCCUCAUCCAUGUCCUCAGCCCCCUCCCACGCCAAUGUCCUUAGACGGAUAGUAGACUCUUCCGCGCGGGCCCACAUGAUAUAUAUUUAUAUAUAUUAUGCUAAUUAUUAUUAAUAAAGUGUAACCAUUAAGUUCUAGUCGAAAUUUCAAAUUGUUUUUCUCCUGUCUAAAUACGUUUAUCAAUUGUUUUUGCCUUAAGUCUUAAGAUUGAGAUACAUUUUUGUGUAUUGUAAUAUUCGUGUACACUAACAAUAACAACACACAACAACAACAAACAUUAACAAAUAAAACACACAACACCAACAAGGGGAAAACAGAAACAGAAAAAUAUAAGCGAAAAAACGAGAAUAACAAAAUGAAUAUACUUGAAUAAAGUUGCAUUCACAAUUUUUA